AUGGAGCUCUCCGACGCUUUCCGCAUCGUCAACCUCGUCACUGCGACCAUCAUGGUCCUGGGCGGCAUUGCUCAAUUCUUCAACUUCAGCUUCCAGGGCAUCAUCGUCGGCGUCUACGUCAUCAUCUUCGGCCUUUGCACGGCCCUUCUUGAGUUCCAGAUUCCCCCGCAAGUCUCGCGCUAUGCCUCUUUCCUCUUCUCCUUCCUAGGCCGUGGUGUCUUCUACAUCUUCAUCGGCUCCAUCCUCCUCAGCGAUAACGUACUGCGCAUCAUCGCCGGCUCCAUCGUCGGCAUUAUCGGCGUCUCUUACGUCGUUCUCGAGUUCAUCCCCCAGAUCGAGCCACCCGCCAACAUGCGCGAAGCCGACGCUGGUUGGGGAGCCGAGCAGGUGUAAGCAACGCUCCUCCCCUUCCGCAGCAACCCGCCCCGCUCGUCUCGGCACGCGCGCGAACCAGUCUCUCAGCUACACACACUGUUGUAACAAUGGCCGGUCCGAAUCAUUUGCUGAGGAGCUUCGUUCAGAUAUUAAACGGAUAUAACUGAAGGGGGGUGGUCCGCAUCGUCUGGACUCUUCGGAGACCCGUUGGCGCGUACCUCGCCAACAAAUUCAGUCGUCAAAGUUGCUUUGUUCGCGACAACGAGCCAACGUGUUGGAGCCGCCUUGUGUACAUCACGGAUUGGGAAGGGGUCUUCCGGCGGAAGAGGGUAUCGGUGUAGGAAGGACCUCGAAAACUGGCGGUCAUGGGCGCUAUCAAGACGCUUUCUGCUGGUUGUAUGAUUUUCUGUAUUGAAAUAAGUGGCCUCCUGGUGGUGAGGCUUGGGCAGACGGGAACUGCCGGUGUUGCGGCGUGUAUUGUUAGUCGCAUAUCACACGCAGCGAGAAUGCUACGCGAGCUUUACAUGAUAUUGAGAUCGUGUAAAUCAUAGGUAUGACUUUC